CACUACAAACACCAUCUUUGCUAAUUGUUUCAAUAACAACUUCUUCACUACUGUAUUCUGAAAUAUUCUGAAACUUGAGAAACAACUCAUCAACUUCAGAAAUUCCAAUUCCUACUUGGAGGGGUGACCGUACAGUGUCGUGCUAGUACGUACGUUCGUACGAAGGACUGUCUGUUGGUAUGGUGCGUGCCAAGUUCAACAAUCCAAGCAGGGGGGAAAAUCCGAAAACCAUUCCGCGUAACGCUCAUUGUACGGCAUACAUAAUUCGAAACGACGCUAUUGAGAUCACCCGUAAGCUUUGAUAGGAUGCUAUUGAUUAGGAUGACGCACCUUGCUCUUUGUGUCUGGAUACUUAUCUCUACAACAAAAAUCACGGCGUUGAGUGCGUUUCAAUCUUCUGAACAAGCCAGCCACAAAACUUCAUCUCGAUGUUCUACGUACACUGAUGUUGAUCAACCCUCGUCUUCCUUAGCAACCGACGGAAACUUGAAUCGAGAUAUCAAAGCUUUAGAAUCAUGGGCACAAGGGCAAGGUGUUUCGAAAGGCAAUGGGUUCGUUCUGUCGGAAAAUAAUAUCGGGGAUUGGAGCGUUUCGGUGACCGAUGCCGGACGCUCAGGGGAACUGGUUUUGCAGAUUCCAUCCUCCCUUGUUUUGUCAUCGGCAGUUAUUCGAGAGGAGAAAGAAAUCUUUGAUAACUCAUCUGCUGCAAUAGAGUUUUUGAAGAGCAACAAGCUUGACAGCCAAGUAGAUCAAUUUCUUCUAUGGCUCAAAGUAUUACGAGAAUACGAAAAAGGAGAAGAAUCAAAAUUUCAUCCUUGGCUGUCAUCUUUACCGAGAACAUUCAGUAACGCCAUUUGCAUGGACGAAGUCGAAUUAGAUUGUUUAGCACCCUUUGCUUGGUCACUUGCCAAGAUAGAAAUUCUUCACAAGGAUAAGUUUAUUGAGGCGUUGCAAUUGACAAAAGGAAUCGUUUCGCAAGAAACGAAGGAGAACUACAACUUGCUUCGGUGGGCAUUCAAUGUUGUCUUCAGCCGAUGCUGGGGGCAGGACGGGGACGAAGAUGAAGAUCGUCUAGAUAUCGUCCCGAUGGGUGAUAUGUUUAACCACGCACAUCCUGCAAACGUUUUCAUUGAUUAUGACGAGGACCGGAAUUGCAAUAUCAUCCUAAAGGAGGAUGUGAAACCUGGAGAUGCACUGAACUUGAGCUACGGGUUUCCAUUUAAUCCGUAUCGAUUCUUGGUUGUCUUCGGAUUUGUCGACGAAUCCCUAGAAACAAUUUAUUCGCAACUUCUGUCAGCAAAGCCUUCGAAGCGUCACGUUGAUAUGGGGUACGAUGUUAGUAAGAUGACAUUCAACGUGACAGAUGGAUCCUUCACCGAAGAAGUCUGGGAUUUUGUUCUAUAUUCCUUGCUAGAGCAAGUCCCAACCAUACAAGACGCUUAUUACGAAGCCCAUAUUUCGGGCAACCAAGAUGGGAAAGAUUCAAUUCGACGAAAGUACUACUUGGAAACAUGUAUAAUGUUGAAAAAACACGUAGACAACACCCUUCUCGAGAUGGAAGAUCUCAUAAAGAAGAUCGACGAGCAUAAUAUGGACGAGCACGAAAUUCUUCCUAUGAUUCGACGCAACAACGUUUUCGUAGCACGGGUCUUCUCAAAAGUUAAAUACAAUGUAGAUAACAUGAUCCAGGAAGAGCUGAUGGCAAGAAAAGCCGAAGAAAAAGAGCAGCAGAGAUCGAAGGGGACAGAAUUGUAAAGGAGAUUUCUUCAUUUAAAAUGCGUAGGGUAACGACAUACAAAAGGUGU